AUGUGGACUGAUGUCUGUGGCGUGAGACUAGGGUCUCAGCACAGCCCAGAAGCCUUUGGCCGCAAGAAUGGGCCUGUCAGCCUGCUGGUGGAGCCCCAGCGCUCCUGGCCACAGAUGUAUGGAGAGUCUGUGUGUGAGGGCACAGCCUUACCCAGGUCCCGGUGUUGGCUGGACCUCAGCCCGGGAGGCAACGCAGAGCUCUGGGGAUGGGGCCGCAGGGGCAGGAAGGGCAGGUGCAGGAGCCACCAGCCUGAGAGUGCUGCCUGUGGGGAAAGCGCUGAGGGGGCUGAGGUCAGGGUGGAAGAUUCCUCCUGGGACCGGGAGGGCCCUGGUGUGGAUGUCAGCAUGCCCACCCAGGGCCCCUGCCGCGGCGCCCUGCAGCCCCUGUCUCUCCUGGUCCUGGCGGCCGUGCUGGCUGUGGCCCUGGCCCAGGGCACCUUGCCUGCCUUCCUGCCCUGUGAGCUCCAGCCCCAUGGCCUGGUGAACUGCAACUGGCUAUUCCUGAAGUCCGUGCCGCACUUCUCGGCAGCAGCGCCCCGAGGCAACAUCACCAGCCUUUCCUUGCUCUCCAACCGUAUCCACCACCUCCACAACUCCGACUUUGCCUACCUGUCCAGCCUGCGGAAACUCAACCUCAAGUGGAACUGCCCACCGGCCGGCCUCAGCCCCAUGCACUUCCCCUGCCACAUGACCAUCGAGCCCAACACCUUCCUGGCUGUGCCCACCCUGGAGGAGCUGAACCUGAGCUACAAUGGCAUCACGACUGUGCCCGCCCUGCCCAGCUCCCUCGUGUCCCUGAUCCUGAGCCGCACCAACAUCCUGCAGCUAGACCCCACCAGCCUCAGGGGUCUGCAUGCCCUGCGCUCCCUAUUCAUGGAUGGCAACUGCUACUACAAGAACCCCUGCGAGCGGGCACUGGAGGUGGCCCCGGGCGCCCUGCUUGGCCUGGGCAACCUCACUCACCUGUCACUCAAGUACAACAACCUCACGACGGUGCCCCGCAGCCUGCCCCCCAGCCUGGAGUACCUGCUGUUGUCCUACAACCACAUUGUCACCCUGGCACCUGAGGACCUGGCCAAUCUGACUGCCCUGCGUGUUCUUGACAUGGGUGGGAACUGCCGCCGCUGUGACCAUGCCCGCAACCCCUGCGUGGAGUGCCCACGGAAUUUCCCCCAGCUGCACCCCGAUGCCUUCAGCCACCUAAGCCACCUCGAAGGCCUCGUGUUGAAGGAUAGUUCUCUCUACAAGCUGAACUCCAGCUGGUUCCGUGGCCUGGGCAACCUCACAGUGCUGGAUCUGAGUGAGAACUUCCUCUACGACUGCAUCACCAAAACCACGGCCUUCCAGGGCCUGACCCAGCUGCGCAGACUCAACCUGUCCUUCAAUUACCACAAGAAGGUGUCCUUUGCCCACCGGCAGCUGGCGCCCUCCUUCGGGAGCCUGCUCUCCCUGCAGGAGCUGGACCUGCAUGGCAUCUUCUUCCGCUCGCUCAGCGAGAAGACGCUCCAGCCCCUGGCCCACCUACCCAUGCUCCAGCGUCUGCAUCUGCAGAUGAACUUCAUCAACCAGGCCCAGCUCGGCAUCUUCGGGGCCUUCCCCGGCCUGCGCUACGUGGACCUGUCAGACAACCGCAUCAGUGGAGCCCUGAAGCCGGUGGCCACCACAGGGGAGGCGGAUGGUGCAGAGAAGUUCUGGCUGCCGCCCAGCGACCUCACUCCAGGCCCACUGGACACCCCAAGCUGUGAGGACUUCAUGCCAAGCUGUGAGAACCUCAACUUCACCUUGGACCUGUCACGGAACAACCUGGUGACCGUCCAGCCAGAGAUGUUUGCCCAGCUUUCGCGCCUCCAGUGCCUGCGCCUGAGCCACAACAGCAUCUCACAGGCGGUCAACGGUUCACAGUUCGUGCCGCUGACCAACCUUCGGGUGCUGGACUUGUCCCAUAACAAACUGGACCUGUACCACGGGCGCUCGUUCACGGAGCUGCCGCGACUGGAGGUCCUGGACCUCAGCUACAACAGCCAGCCCUUCAGCAUGCAGGGUGUGGGCCACAACCUCAGCUUUGUGGCCCAGCUGCGCUCCUUGCGCUACCUCAGCCUGGCGCACAACGACAUCCAUAGCCGUGUGUCCCAGCAGCUCUGCAGCACCACGCUGCAGGCCUUGGACUUCAGCGGCAAUAACCUGAACCGGAUGUGGGGUGAGGGAGACCUCUAUCUCCACUUCUUCCAAGGCCUGAGAAGCCUAAUCCGGCUAGACCUGUCCCAGAAUCGCCUACAUAUCCUCCUGCCACGCACCCUGGACAACCUCCCCAAGGGCUUGCGACUGCUGCGUCUCCGUAACAAUUACCUGGCCUUCUUCAAUUGGAGCAGCCUGGCCUUCCUGCCCAAGCUGGAAACGCUGGACCUGGCUGGAAACCAGCUGAAGGCUCUAAGCAAUGGCAGCCUGCCUAAUGGCACCCAGCUUCAGAGGCUGGACGUCAGCAGCAACAGCAUCAUCUUCGUGGUCCCAGGCUUCUUUGCUCUGGCCACGAGACUGCGAGAGCUCAACCUCAGUGCCAACGCCCUGAAGACGGUGGAGCCCUCCUGGUUUGGUUCCCUAGCAGGCUCCCUUAAAGUCCUAGAUGUGAGUGCCAACCCUCUGCACUGCGCCUGUGGGGCAGCCUUCGUGGACUUCCUGCUGCAGGUGCAGGCUGCCGUGCCUGGUCUGCCCAGCCGCGUCAAGUGUGGCAGUCCGGGCCAGCUCCAGGGCCGCAGCAUCUUUGCGCAGGACCUGCGCCUCUGCCUGGAUGAGACCCUCUCCUGGGACUGUUUCGGCCUCUCGCUGCUGGUUGUGGCCCUGGGCAUGGCUGUACCUAUGCUGCACCACCUCUGUGGCUGGGACCUCUGGUACUGCUUCCACCUGGGCCUGGCCUGGCUGCCCCGGCGGGGGCGGCAGCAGGGCGUGGAUGCCCUGCCCUACGACGCCUUUGUGGUCUUCGACAAGGCACAGAGUGCAGUGGCUGACUGGGUGUACAACGAGCUGCGGGUGCGGCUAGAGGAGCGCCGUGGGCGCCGGGCACUCCGCCUGUGUCUGGAGGAGCGUGACUGGCUACCUGGCAAGACACUCUUUGAGAACCUGUGGGCCUCAGUCUACAGCAGCCGCAAGAUGCUGUUUGUGCUGGCCCACACGGACCGGGUCAGCGGCCUCUUGCGUGCCAGCUUCCUGCUGGCCCAGCAGCGUCUGCUGGAGGACCGCAAGGACGUUGUGGUGCUGGUGAUCCUGCGCCCUGACGCCCACUGCUCCCGUUACGUGCGGCUGCGCCAGCGCCUCUGCCGCCAGAGCGUCCUCUUCUGGCCCCACCAGCCCAGUGGCCAGCGCAGCUUCUGGGCCCAGCUGGGGAUGGCCCUGACCAGGGACAACCGCCACUUCUAUAACCAGAACUUCUGCCGGGGCCCCACCAUGGCUGAAUAG